ACCGGAAAAAUGAAAUGCAACAAGCGAUCACCCAAGACCACGGCAGGAACCACAGCAAGGACCACGGCAAGGACUAUGGCAAAGACCACGGCAAAGCUGCAAUUGUUAAUAUAACAUCAUUAAACCUUAAACACAAUCACCCGCUUAAUCCUAUGACUAACUCAUAUGCUACCAAAAAUCGAACACUACCCGAAGCCAUCAUACGAGAAAUCAGCUUUUAUACAACCCAAGAAAAUCUUAGUGCAAUAAUUCAGCACAGACUUCU